AACGUGACUCCUGAUUGGUGGAUGUCAGGGAGGUGUGUUUGAUGCAGGGAGAGGAAGAUGGCGGCUGCUAAUAGUCAGUUCUCCGACCUGCGAGAAAUAAAAAAGCAGCUGCUGAGUGUGAGCUGGCUGUGCCGGGAGCGGGGGCUGAUGCACAGCGUGAAGUGGGCAUCUGAAUUGGCUUUCUCUUUGGAAUCUAUUCCUUUAAAUGAGCUACCACCGACACCUGCACUCACGGAGGAGGAUGCGCAGGAUUUGGAUGCAUAUACACUGGCUAAGUCUUAUUUUGAUUUAAAAGAAUAUGAUAGAGCUGCAUAUUUCCUUCGCGGGUGUAAGAGCCAGAAAGCCUACUUCUUGUACAUGUACUCCAGGUAUUUGUCUGGAGAAAAGAAGAAGGAUGACGAGACGGUAGAUAGCUUGGGUCCCCUUGAGAAAGGGCAGGUGAAGAACGAGGCCCUUCGUGAACUGCGUGUAGAGCUCAGUAAGAAACACAAGGCCAGAGAGCUGGAUGGAUUUGGUCUUUAUCUCUAUGGUGUAGUUCUGCGAAAGUUGGACUUGGUGAAAGAGGCACUAGAUGUAUUUGUGGAGGCGACACAUGUCUUGCCUUUGCACUGGGGAACAUGGCUGGAGCUGUGUAACUUGAUUACAGACAAAGAAAUGCUGAAAUUCCUGUCACUGCCAGACUGCUGGAUAAAGGAAUUUUUCUUGGCACAUAUAUACACUGAACAGCAGUUGAUUGAGGAGGCGUUGCAAAAAUACCAGAGUCUUAUUGAUGCUGGAUUUUCCAAAAGUACUUAUAUUAUUUCUCAGAUAGCAGUUGCCUACCAUAACAUUAGAGAUAUUGAUAAAGCUCUGUCUAUUUUCAAUGAAUUACGGAAACAGGAUCCUUUUAGAAUAGAAAAUAUGGACACUUUUUCAAAUCUACUAUAUGUCCGAGGUCUGAAGCCAGAGCUGAGCUAUUUAGCACACAAUCUGUGUGAUAUUGACAAGUACCGCGUGGAGACUUGCUGUGUGAUAGGGAACUAUUACAGUCUGCGCUCCCAGCACGAGAAAGCAGCUCUGUAUUUUCAGAGAGCAUUAAAACUCAACCCGCGGUAUCUUGGUGCUUGGACACUAAUGGGCCACGAAUAUAUGGAAAUGAAGAACACCUCUGCAGCUAUACAGGCAUACAGACAUGCGAUUGAGGUCAAUAAGAGAGAUUACCGAGCCUGGUAUGGAUUGGGGCAGACCUACGAGAUCCUAAAGAUGCCAUUUUACUGCCUCUAUUAUUACAGACGUGCCCACCAGCUCCGACCGAAUGAUUCCCGAAUGCUGGUUGCCUUGGGGGAAUGUUACGAAAAACUCAAUCAACUUGUAGAGGCUAAAAAAUGUUACUGGAGAGCUUAUGCUGUUGGUGAUGUGGAGAAAAUGGCUUUAGUUAAACUGGCAAAGCUUCAUGAACAGCUGAAUGAGUCUGAACAGGCUGCCCAAUGCUACAUCAAAUACAUACAGGAUAUCUACUCUUGUGGGGAGAUAGUGGAGCACCAGGAAGUGAGCACUGCAUUUCGUUACUUGGCUCAGUAUUACUUCAAGUGCAAACUGUGGGAUGAGGCCUCAGCAUGUGCCCAGAAAUGCUUCAAUUUUAACGAUACAAGAGAAGAAGGUAAAGCCCUUCUGCGACAGAUUCUACAGCUACGCAAUCAGAAUGAAAGCCCUUCUGCCGACCUCCCAGCAAAUGCACCAUUUUUAUUCCCACAGUCCCUUUCAGCCAGCAACACACCUACAAGAAGAGUAUCUCCACUGAACCUUUCUUCAGUUACGCCGUAGUAGGAUCCUCUACGAGGAUCUUUGUUGCUGAGCCUGCUGUAAGAACAGUGCAAUAAACUGUGGAAAGAUGUCGCUUCCAUUGAAGCUCGGUCCAUUUCCAUUCAGAGCUCGUCUAUAGUGCAAAUAGAUCAUGCUGCCAAACACUUGUAGGACUUGACAGGUUUGUGCUGGCACAGACAGAGCUGUAUAAGAGCCUUGUGAAUGAAGCAGAUUUCUUAACUCAAGAUUGUCUGCAUUCUUUCUGCAUUUCUUGUCAAUAAACUUUUUAUACUGUGA